CACCGACCAUGCCGCUGGAUCACCGCCGCUUGCGGGGCCCGGAGGAGUCGCAGCCGCCGGAGCUGUGGGCAGCGGGAACCGGGGCAGUGCCGGAGAAGGAAGAGGAGGAGGAUGCGGCUCCGCAGGACCCCUGCGCCCUGCGGCCCCUCUUCGCCCGGGCCGGGCUGCUGAGCCAGGCGGAGGGCUCGGCCUACGUGGAGCUGGGCGGCGGAACCAAGGUCCUCUGCGCCGCAUGGGGCCCGCGGGAAGCGGCCGAGCCCGGCUCGGCGGCGACGGCAGCGGUGGGAGGGGGGCGGCUGCUCUGCGAGUUCUACCGGGCCCCCUUCGCCGGGCGCGGGGCGCGGCGGAGGCCGGGCUCGGCGGCGGAACGGGACGCGGAACGAGAAGCGGCGGCGGCUCUGCGGGAAGCGCUGGAGCCGGCCGUGCGGUUGGCUCGUUACCCGCGGGCUCGCCUGGCCGUCAGCGCCUUGCUGCUGCAGGACGGUGGUUCCGCCUUGGCCGCCGCCAUCAGCGCCGCUGCCUUGGCCCUGGCUGAUGCUGGCGUGGAGAUGUACGACUUGGUGGUGGGUUGCGCCUUGUGCCGGUCCCCCGGUCCCGCAGCUGCGUGGAUGCUGCAGCCCGGGGAACCCGAAGAGCGUCGUGCCGUCGCCCGGCUCACCGUGGCUCUGCUGCCUGCUCUCAACCAGGUGUCGGCGGUGCUGGGCGGCGGGCAGGGCAGCCCUCCCGAUGACUGGGCGCAGGCGCUGCGCCUCGGCCUCGAUGGCUGCCAUCGUCUCUACCCUGUGCUGCGGCAGAGCCUGCUGCGGGCCUCCCGCCGCCGCAAUGCCGCUGCUGCCGCCACCGCCACCACUGCCUGAGCGCCGACGAUGCCUGGGUGGCCCCUCUCUGGGGAUGGGGUUGUCUCCCAGAGCUGCUCUCGGUGCUGCCAGAGACCCUGGAGCCUGCCUGAUGCACGCUUCACGCUCCCAGAGAGCCCCUGAGCCAGCCCUUGAGCUGCCAGAGACCCUGGAGCCUGCCUGAUCCACACUUCACGCUCCCAGAGAGCCCCUGAAGCCAGCCUGAGCCAGCCUUCAAGCUCCCAGAGACCCCCCGGAGCCAGCCUGAGCCAGCUUUCAAGCUCCCAGAGACCCCCCCAGAGAUGCCCACACAGUUGGAGGCCCAAGAAACCUGCCCGAGGACACUGGAGCCUGCCUCCCCACCACUACCAGAGAGCCCCCACACUGCCCAAGCACCCCGGAGCCUGCCUGAGGAGCCCCUGUGUCACAGGAGACAGCUCCCAUGUGGCCCUGCAGGACCCAAGCAGCCCCACGCACUGCCAGAGCCCCCCAAGAACAGCCUCCACCCUGCCUCAGCUGCCAGAACCUGCCUGCACAGCCCCACACAGCUGGACCCUGCCUGAGACCUCCCUCCAAGCAGCUUGCCUGCACUUGGGGGACCCCACACCCCACCCCGGGGUGGCCCCAGCACCAGGGCUGAGACCUCCACACUGGGCUGCCCACCACGAC